AUGACGAUUGAAGCUCUUCUCCUCAUUGUAGCUGCUCUACAGGAUCACACAUCAGCUGCUCCUGUAAGAACAAUAUAUCCACUGGACAUGGCUCUGAAUUCAGUUGAUGAUCAGUAUAAGGGAUGUACACAGACAAUGACGAACAAGACAGAGAAUUACUAUCUACCGAAGGAAAGAUCUGCUUCAGCUGAGUUUAAUAAAACUUGGCAGGAUGCAGAAGCGAAUGCAAAGAAACCUGAAGAUAACUUGACAAUGAGUCAUUCGGUCGCUCUUUAUGUUUAUACUAACAAAGAUUCAAGUGUGUACAGUGAUUUCACUAAAGCCACUCGCACUGAGAAACAGACUUAUAUAAGCGGGACGUUUAAAUGGUAUUCUCUUCACUAUCUGCUAACAGAAGCCGUUCAGAUUCUGAAGAAAACACAGCCUAGAUGCUUUCUAACGUAUCGUGGGACAAAUCUCCAGUUUGAGGCUCAGAGCAGAGAGGUUCGCUUGAGCUCGUUUUCAUCCUCGUCUCUUAAUCGAACAGUAAUUCAGGCUUUCGGAAACGUGUCUUGUUUUGAGAUCUACACUUGUGAAGGUGCGAAUCUGACGAAGUACUCAAAGUAUCCUGAGGAGAAAGAGGUGCUCAUUCCUCCGUACGAGACGUUUAAUGUCGCUGCUGUGAAAAACAGAACCUAUGAGAAAGAUCUGUGGUGUGAAACUGUGUUUGUGCUGAACAGCACCGGGACAAGAAGUGACCUGAACUGUGGUUUGAUGAACUCUGGACGCCAUGCUUCUUUUAGUUACGUUUUACUAAUUAUGUCCACGUUAUUAUAUUUUAACUUGUAAAUUUUGGGAAUCACAGUGGGUAGAACGAUUGCCUCACAGUAAGAAGGUCGCUGGU